AUGAAAUCUCCCACAGAAGACAUUGUGAAGAAACAGCUAGUGGCCCAGCCAGUGAAAGAAUAUAAGAGAGCGAUUGGCCGCAAGCACACAUUUGUUCAAAACAAAAGUGCUUUUACUAGAAGACAGCGUUUAGUGUGCCAUGAAUGUGGAAAGUAUUUUACCAGAUUGUCUAGUUUUUUUUAUCAUCAGAGACUUCACACUGGAGAAAAGCCCUUUAAGUGCAGUGAAUGUGGGAAAUCUUAUACCGGUAGCACUGGUCUCCUUUAUCAUCAGAGAAUUCACACUGGAGAAAGGCCCUAUGAGUGCAGUGAAUGUGGGAAAUCUUUUAGCAGGAUCGAUUCCCUUCGUAUUCAUCUGAGAAUUCACAGUGGUGAAAGGCCUUAUAAGUGCCAUGAUUGUGGGAAAUCUUUUACCACUAGCACUGGCAUUCGUCAUCAUCAGAGAUUUCACACUGGAGAAAAGCCGUAUAAGUGCAGUGAAUGUGGGAAAUCUUUUACCAGUAGCACUAGCCUUUGUUAUCAUCAGAGACUUCACAGAGGAGAAAGGCCUUAUGAGUGCAGUGAAUGUGGGAAAUCUUUUACCUGUAAUAGUAGCCUCCGUUAUCAUCAGAGUGUUCACACUGGAGAAAGGCCUUAUGAGUGCAGUGAAUGUGGCAAAUCCUUUACCACCAUUUAUAGCCUUCGUAAUCAUCGGAGAUUUCAUACAGGAGAAAAGCCUUAUGAGUGCAGUGAAUGUGGAGAAUCGUUUUCCAUGCUCUAUUCCCUUCGUAGUCACCAGAGAGUUCACACUAGAGAAAGGCCUUAUGAGUGCAGUGAAUGUGGGAAAUCUUUUAUCAGUAGCAGUGGCCUCCGUUAUCAUCAGAGACUUCACACUGGAGAAAGGCCUUAUGAGUGCAGUGAAUGUGGGAAAUCUUUUACCAAGAACCAAUCCCUUCUUUAUCAUCAGAGAAUUCACACUAGACAAGGCCCUUAUGAUUGCAGUGAAUGUGGAAAAACUUUUACCGGUAUCCUAAGCCUUCGUAGUCACCAGAGAGUUCACACUAGAGAAAGGACUUAGGAGUGUAGUUAAUGUGGCAAAUUUUGUACCCAAAAUUCUAACCUUAUUUUGCACAUAAGGCUUCACAUGGGAAGAAGGUUGUAUAUGCAUAGGAAAUGUACAAUUUUUAAGGUCAGUCUUAACAAUACUAUAAGGAAACUAUUUGCCUGACUUGAAUCUCAUACAUUCUAAUGUCAAAAGUAGGGAGAUUCCCUAUAAACUUAUCUGAAAAUCAUGUGUGUGUAUGUUGCCCUUUCUAAUUUACACAGGUGUCCUGCCAGAUCUAUGUCCCUGAAUGUGUCUGUUGCUGAAGCAAUGUCACUUGUACCACCUAUACCAGUGGUUCUCAACCUGUGGGUCGCGACCCCUUUGGGGGUCGAACGACCCUUUCACAGGGGUCGCCUAAGACCAUCGGAAAAUACAUAUGUCUUAGGAACCGAGACACCGUUCCUCUAUCCGUCUCCAGGCGGGUCUACCCACAUGCAGAUAUGCCCACAUACGAGUACCCGGCGUAUUAAAGGGUCGCGGCAUUAGGAAGGUUGAGAACCGCUGACCUAUACGGUGUCCUCAGAUGGCAUCAGUCACCAUCCUCAUUGGCGCAGGGAAGCUAACUCUGUUCUCUGAUUUGUUGGAGACUAGGACCAGCCUUUUCUUAGAUGUGUAUUUGCUACUCCUGUAUCCGUAGUAAAAUGUCUGGUUAAUUGUCCUGCCUAAUCUGGUAUGAAUUUUGGCAAUUUUCUUUAACAGAAGGGAAGCGGGACAACGAAGAUGGAUGUUGGAAUUUCACUCAUUUUGUGCCAUUUUUGCUUUAUGAAAUAAAUGUUUCUUUCCUGUA